UCCACCUCCACUCACACGCCGCAGCCCCUUCCCUCAGGGUGGAAACCACGCCCCGAGAAGCGGCACGUAUCUAGUGCUCCCUCGCCCCGCUGCAGGUGCCACCUCCAGAGCCAAUAUGGCGUCCGAGCACGUGACCCGGGGCAGCCGGAUUUCCGGUCCCAGGGCUUCCGGGGACGGAAGCGUAGCAAGGUGCAAUGUCCGCGGCCGACGUUAGUCGCCGUCUUCGCUGCUAACGGUAGUAACUCUUAGGUUGCCUCUUCGUCUCCCCUCAUCGCUGCCCGCCCACAUCCUGGGGCGUGGUUUGGAGCGAGGAGGACUGCCGCGGCGCGGAGACACUGGCUGGCCCCGGGCGGAAGAGACGUUCACCGGGCGCAUCGGCACCUGUGACAGGGCGGCCCCUCCCUGUCUCCCUCGAGCGGCGGCGGGAGCCUCGAGACGGGGGCGAGCUCGGCGGGGCCUCGGGGCUCCAGGCCGGCCCCAGCGCGCGCUAGCCCCCUAAACCGCUUCUGGCUCGCGUCCCUUGCCCCUGUACUUGCCCUUCGUCCAUUCAUAGUGUGUGUUAACAUUCCCUACGUGCCGGCCCCAGCUAGCCGUGAGGACGAAAAGUGAGGAAAAACCCACGCCUCACCGUGCCCUCGUGGAACUCAGACUGGUGGACAAGAAAGACGUUAAUCAGCGCAAUCCCUGCAAAACAUUUCUGUUAUGAGUUGCUAAAAUCAUGGUGAAAUGCUGCUCGGCCAUUGGAUGUGCUUCUCGCUGUCUGCCAAAUUCCAAGUUAAAAGGACUGACGUUUCACGUAUUCCCCACAGAUGAAAACAUCAAAAGAGAAUGGGUAUUAGCAAUGAAAAGACUUGAUGUGAAUGCGGCAGGCAUUUGGGAGCCUAAAAAAGGAGACGUAUUGUGUUCAAGGCACUUUAAGAAGACAGAUUUUGAUAGAAGUGCUCCGAAUAUUAAACUGAAGCCUGGAGUCAUACCUUCUAUCUUUGAUUCCCCAUAUCACUUACAGGGGAAAAGAGAAAAGCUUCCUUGUAGGAAAAACUUCACCCUCAAAACCCUUCCAGUCACAAACCACAACCACCACCUUGUUGGUACUUCCUCAUGUAUUGAAGAAUUCCAGUCCCAGUUCAUUUUUGAACAUAGCUACAGCAUAAUGGACAGUCCAAAGAAACUUAAGCAUAAAUUAGAUCGCGUGAUCAGCGAGCUAGAGGAUGCCAAGGAAAGUCUACAGAAUGUUUUAGAGCGAGAACAGCGUUUCCAGAAAUCAUUGAGGAAGACAAUCAGGGAAUUAAAGGAUGAAUGUCUGAUCAGCCAAGAAACAGCAAAUAGAUUGAAUGCUUUCUGUUGGGAGUGUUGUCAGCAGAGCAUAGAACAAAACUAUAUUUUAUAAAAUAAUUUCAUGUCAUGUUCUACCUAAAAAUGACAUUGGUACAGUUUUUUAGAAAAUAAUUCUCAUUUGCCAUUGCUAAAUAAUAUCUGUCAUUUUAAGUGCUUCUUGGAAUCCUCUGGAGCAUUAUGCAUUGUAGUUGCUAUCCAAAGACUUUUCUGAAGAUGUGCAGAAAUUUGUGGCAGUUAUCAUGUUUUGGGGUGGCUUGUGACAAUUAUGUUUUUAUAGACCUAUACUAGUACCAGGUCACCAUUGUAAAAUGUUAAGAUCUCAAGAAUAGUCCACAGGGCUAAGGAAAUGAUAUCAAAAUAGCCACAUUAAGCUAUAGUAGAAGGAACUAGACACUUCUUCAGCAGCAUCAAAUAUUUGGCUUCACAAGAGUACCUACACUUAUGUGUGCUUUAUGGUAAGUAUGUUGAAUUUUACUUUAAAUGUAUUUUACUGUAAAACAGAAUUCAUCAAUAACACAUAUCCAUCUUGGAUCCAGUCCAAGGUACGUUAGUUAUCAAUAAUACCUAGUGUUCAAAGCAUCCCAUAUUAUUGACCCUGAGAAUAACACAUGGUGAAGAUCUAUUGGCUUUUCAAAUUGUUCAGAGCUGGCUUAAGAAGAUUCCUCAUGGGUCUUAGUUUUUCAUUACAGUGCGUCAUUCUGCCUCACUAGGAACACUUUGAUAUAAACCAGAAUAGAUUUCAAAACCAAAAAAAGGGUCAGAAAUCUGAUUUGUAAAUGGUUGGCUGCUCUGACAGGUCUGAACAUUUUGCUUUAUGAUUGUCAUUUAAUCAUAAAGAUGUAUCUUUAAAAUCUGAAUGCUAGUACUAGCUGAAUAUUUUUAAUGCUGCUUUGUAUUUUACAGAAAAUAAUAUUGCUGGCAUUUUUUAAAAUGUAAAAUAUAGAAGAAACCAUUAAAAAUUUAUGAUUAUGGCUUUUUGAGUUGAAAUAGGAAUUGGAGAAAGUGUUCAAAAAUUUUUCUUUAAUUAGGAGAGUAGAUUACUGCCUAAGGGCUUUUAUUUAGAGAAAGACAACUGAAAUGAGUCAUAAAUACUGUGAAUUAGAAUGAAAACUGUUAGCCAAAGCCACACUCUACAUGGAAGCACAUGUACGUAUUAUGAACCUCAUUCAGGAGUCCAUGGUAUAGUAGUUAGAAUUUGAGUAUCACCUGUUUCAUUGUAUUAACAAGAAAUGAGUUGCAUUUUGUGCUGAUUUGUUCAUUGUACCUUUAUUUGUGUUACAUUAAUAUCAGUAGGGAUAUGGUGACUUGAAUUUUUUUGUAUUUACAAUUUUCAAUGUUUCAGUGCAUGUUAUAUUUUUAUGUAGGAUUCUAAACCUUCCAUCUAAAUGAGAUUUUACCCACCAGCAUUAUGCUAAAAGAAAAAUCACCGAGGCCAUAUCUUUUUACUACCUUAAAAAACAAAAACAAAAACA